AUGGAAACAGACCUGUCAGCACGGCGGCAGGAUGGGACAGCACACAAUCAGCCUGCGUUUUGUGUAACAAGCUCCACUAAUACCUCUGCCUCUCCUCUUCCACUAGACCAGCUUCCCAGUCAAGCAGGACCGCCUCCUCUGCCACCUGCUCCACAUCAACACAAGCAGCAUCCGUCAGUUACCUCCCUCAACCAGUCACUGGCCAAUCAGCCGACAGAGCUUCAGAGUGCAUCUGAAUGCGUGCAGCUGCAAGAAAACUGGGUACUGGGUGGCAACGUAGGCUUGGAGAACAGGCACUUCCUGCUUAAGACUGGAACUGGCACCACAUCUCUCUUCACUACUCCUAAUCCCGGUUAUACUAUGGCGACUGGAGCUGUCUACUCUCCACCAGCUCGUCCCUUAACCCGCAACACGCUUUCAAGAGGUGCAUUCAAAUUUAACAAGUCGCCUAAACGGUGUUCGUGGAAAUGCACCGCUCUCAGUGCUGUAGGCGUGGCCACCCUGCUGUCUGUUCUGCUCUGCUACUGUAUAGCCAUGCAUGUACUUGGCCCUGAACUGGAAACUGGAAGGAUGUGGAUAAUCACGCCUUUGAGAAUGGACGAGCCAAACCAGUGA